AUGGCAUCUAACAGGGUACGCAUUGCAGUGGCAACAAAUUCUCUGGGUAAAUCUGCUGCCGGCCAUGACAUUCAGUCAAAGCUACUUGCCGCUCAUUCGCACGGCUUUGAUGGUGUGGAAUUAGCAUGGGAAUGCCUUGAGGCUCAUGCAUCAUCUACGCUGUUUUCAGAGGAGAGCGUCCGAGAACGUAGACUAUGCUUGGCUGCCGAAGACAUCCAACGCACUGCUUCGACGCUCUCCUUAGAGAUCAUAGCUCUGAAUCCAUUCGGGUUCUAUGACGGACUGACACAAGAACAAGACAUCCAAUCACGCCUGUAUGAAGCAGAGCUCUGGUUACAAAUUUGCGACAUCUUAAAUGCUCCUAUCCUCCAGAUGUGUUCCUGCAUUUACCCCUUGCAGAAGCCUCUUACACCGGAUAAACAUCACAUCGCCAGUAACAUCCGAAGGCUCGGUAUGUUGGCCCAGAAAUACAACAAGGUUGUGGCCUACGAGGCAACGGCCUGGGGGAUCCAUGUAGACACCUGGCAACAAACACGGGACAUUGUGUCUCUGGUAAAUCUCCCGAAUGUACGUCUCUGCAUAGAUACCUUCCAUAUUGCAGCUAGGGAAGCCGGCGAUCCAUUCAACGCCACUGCUCCUAUUCGAAUCGAUGGCCUGCGCAACCUUCGGCAGAGUUUGGCAGAAAUGCGUCGCACCAUAAAGCCGGACGACAUCGGAUAUUUCCAACUUAGCGAUGCAACAGUCGCAGACCCAAAUCAGAGAGGUUACCCACGACCUGACCUUAAUCAGCCACCCUACAUGACUCAGUCGCGCAACUGUCGAAUAUUCCCAUGUGAACCACAGCACGGAGGAGUAUUGCCUGUCGUGGAGGUUGCGAAAGCUGUCUUUGCAUUAGGAUAUCGAGGAUGGGUAUCUAUGGAAGUAUUCCACGUCGAUAUGUGGAGAAAGGACUCCUCUGUUCCAGAAGAAUGGGCUCGUCGAGGAAUGGCCUCAUGGCGGAAAGUCGCCCAGAAGUGCGGGCUUGAAUCUCCGGCGACCAAUGCAAAACUAUAG